AUGGCCAUGGCACAACCGCAAAAGGAACCGACCAAAAGCGCCCCCGCCUUUGUGGCCGAUUGGGAUGCCAUCCUGACCGAUGGCCCUUGCAACGCGAGCGCGGACGUCGUUGGCCAUCCCGGCAUUGAGCCACCCUCCAAAAUGAUUGAUCCUCGAAAACGUCUCCUGGCGACCCGCGCCUCCCCAGCCUUGGACGCUGACCAUGACCCUGGCGCUCAUGAAGAUGCCAACGAUAAGACAAACGGCUCCUCUUCCUCCAACGAGGAUGGUUCCUCCAGCAGCAACGGCCUUGAAAACGAACAUGAGGACAGCAGCACCACCUCCAACGGCGAAACGGCCAGUACGUCAGAUACCACCACCACUUCUGGUGGUACCAAGUCAUCCAGUCAGAGCCUUUCCUCCUCCUCCACCAGCAAAAACGCCAUCACCCUGCCCAGCGGACGCAUCCUCCGUCGUCGCAACUCGGCCAGCUCCUCCUCCCACUUCACCUCGAGCAGCAACAGCUCCCGCAGUAACCGGCCCCCCACCAAGCGCUCCAAGCGAAGGCCCCGCGACGAAGGUACCAACCGCUCAUCCGAGGACCUCAAUGACGGAUCGCACUCAAGUGGCGAGAGCCCCCCCUCCCGCGAAGCCCGGGACGAAGGCUCCAUUCUCUCCUCCAAACCUACCAGCCAUGACAGCGUCUCCCACGAAUCAUAUGCCUUUCGCCGCCGCUUCAGCCACAAUACCGAUGUCAAUUCCGAAUGGUUGACCCUCAAGGCCACUGACGAACUCCUUCAAGAAUUUGCCCAGCACGGCCCCGGUCAAGAUCUCAACGCUUGCCUUGUUGAGCUCGAUGACAAGCAGAAAGCCCUCGAAGCCAUCAACACUGCUGGCACCGAUGCCGCUCGACGCAAGACGAGAAACCGCCUAGCAUCAGCCGUCUCCCGUGCUCGGAAGAAAGUCUUCCUUCACCGUUUGCGCAGUGAACUCUUGCAAUUGGCAGCCCGCUAUCAGGUCUCCACUAUCGAGUCACAGCAAUUUCGCUUGCAGUCGCUUCAAGCGCAACGCGAGCUUUGGGAUUUGAAACAGCCUGGCCAGCCCCCACCUCCAAACUUAUCAGACCAGGCUCUGCAGAUUCUCAGCCUCGAGCUACAACAGGCCCAGCAGCGCGUUCAAAACACGCCCAUGUUUGCCGCCGGCUCUCCGGUGCCGGCGCUCAAUUUCAUACAUCCACACAUGGUGCCGGGCGCUCAAGCUAUGGACGGCGUCAAUUUCAUGCCCAACCAAGGCAGCGGACUACCAUCCGGAUCGCGACAACCCCAAUCGGUCCCGGGACUUGCAGGUCCCAUGCCCACAGCCUCUGAAGCCAAUUCACAACUCGCCGAAGCCCAUGAGCUCUUGUCGCGAGCCGCCGACCUCAACCGCCUCUUGCAACAACACGCCUACCCAGACGUGUGGCGCACACUCAUGUCAGAAGAGCAGCAGCAGCAACAACAGCAGCAACGGCAACGACAACUCAGCGCAUCAAACAUGGAAGGCAUGUAUGUGGGCCCAAGUAAUCCCUCGGGUCUUGGGUUUGGCGCACAUUCCAACAUGGCCACCCCGAGCUUAUCGCAGGCUGCCGCUAUGGCAUCAGUGCUACCAGCCUCGACCGUGGCUGCCAAUGUUGCCACCUCCAUGUGGCCCGGGCCUGGCGUAGUGAUGCCUCAGGAUGUUACCACUUCCACGGCUUUGUAUUCCGACAUGGUUCCCUAUGGGCCUCUGUCUUUGAGCCACGCCGCCACCUACUCUGAUUUGAGUCGUGGAGCCGUGGGCCUCGAUGGAUACGGCAACUAUUCGGCCGCUCCACAGAUGAUGGACCAGAUGCUUUUGGAUGAGAUCACCAAACCCGUCAACAACGCCUAA